AUAAAUUCGAAUUGUUGUGCCUCUGUUCCAAGACGAAGGUUCUGGGGAAUAGCAUCGCGUCCUUUUGCGGCAAGUGUACUUCAUCGCGAUUGAUGAGUCCCUACAUGACAUUGACACCAGGCAACUUUGUAGUUACAGAAAGAUCGUCCCCUAUUUCCAUUCGUUUUUCCUACCCAGACGCAUUGCCCCGUCGUAAGUACAAGAACUUCCUUGUCGCAGUUUACUCACAUAUGGUGCAUACUCUUCCCGCACUUACCAGUGAUUCUUUCCCGAGCUUUGCUUGAAUGUUAAGUACUUAUAGACCUUCACCUUUUGUUUCCUUGUGAGAAGACUCCGUGCUGCGCCGCCUCUUUUUCGAGCUCUAGAUGUCGGCGAGUGAAGAUUUUUUGUGACCCACAAAAGAACAUGAAAGGAACUACGGCUGCAGUCCCACCCCGAGCCCCUUUUGCCGGUUUUCGGUUUUACCUGAAGCUAUGUUUGGUCUACUCCACCCUGUUUGUCCUCCUCCCGUUCUACUUCCUCGUCCCACCGCUGGAGCAGAGCUUCUACCUCUUGCUGCUUUUCAACCUCAUCCCGCUGAUAACCACCCAUGUGUGGUUUUGGAUCCAUAUUCUCGGCACGGUACCGCUGUUGAUUCUCCUCUUUCCCAUGUUUGCUUUACUCCACCCGGAAUGGGACGCGGCCAUCCUUUUCGAGGGCGCGGCGCCGGCGCAGCUUCCGGUGAUUUACUUCCACCCAGACCUCGCGGAAAGGUUGGAUCACAAGCUCGCGUGGAGAAAAGCGCUGGAGGCAGAACGAGUUCCCAUGCCAGACUUGGUGGGAGUCCUGCAAAUAGAAAUCCGGAGAACUACUGGUGUCGACUUUAGAUCUUCUGAGACGACGGAAGACAACGACGCCAGUAGUGCUGCCGGAAUAUUAAACGAGGAUGAACGAGAGGACGACGAAAUGGACGACUCUUCGGACCACCACUCUUACCUGGGUCUCUACGGAAGCCACGACCACCACGACGUGUUUGACCACGCUAGCGGAAAGUACUUAACCUGUGUGCGGUUUCAGGACGCGCACGCAUGGCGAAAAAAUAGCAGAAGUGGUAGCGAAGGAGUAGAUCGUGAAAAGCAGAAAGGUCAAACAGAAGCAACGGAAAAGAAGGAAAUCGCAGGAGCAGCUGGUGCGCCACAUCACCCGGCAGAUGAGGGGCUGAAAAUGAUUGACCUUGAAAAGCAACUCGUGAUCAAGCCGGACGUCGGGACGUUUGGCAUCGGUGUGCAGGUCGAAAGUUUGCGAAACUUUCUGCACGCUACCAAAAGUAAAAAUGUCUGGGUCUGGAAACUUGUGAUGCUGGGUGGCGUCUCAUGAUGAGGCUGCAAAUGCUGGCUCAGCAUGACAAGUUUCUGAGCUCCUAGGUGUUGCCUAUUCUGCAUGACAAACUGCGCUUCUGCAUCACAGAAAAACGGAGCUCUUGGGCAACGUGCGUGACAGAUUUAAGAGUCAUGCCAGACAAGCAUGACAAACAUGAAUUUUUCCAGACCCAGACACUUUUACAUUUGAUACACGCGCGGUUACUGCAAAAAGGCGUGUCUUUUGAGGAGAACAUCGAGAAGAGCGGCGUUGCGGGAACAUUGGAGAAGUUGGCGUGUCCUCCCCAGGUGGACGGUGUUCUUGCCGCUGCUGGUACAACUGCAGAAACUAGUCUGGUGGUCACGUCGCGCGAAACCUACAUCAUUGAAGAACUUUUGCACGACGCCGAGGACAGUUCACUGGCACGGACCUACCGGCUAACCACGAUGAUGGACCAUCGGCGCGGGGAGGGAAAGCAAGCCGUGACAGGAGACACGAAAUCAGUACAGGACGUUGAUGAACAGGAAGGCAAUUUUUACGAAAUGAAGAACACCGAAAUGCUAGAGAACAGCGACGCAAGUAGAACUCCUGCGACUUCAUUACCCCGGGCCACUGCCGUGGGGCUUUUGCAGGUUGCGGAUAAGGCUAGCAAGCAGGUGUCGAAUCGCGGUGAAAUCGAGGUUUUGGAUCCGUCUACUGCGUUCGACGGCUCGAAGAAGGAGCUGUCCUACGAGACCACUCGCGACCAGGUGGUCCGGCUCCACAGUGCGUACUUUCCCCAAGCCCCCUCUAUCGGCUGGGACCUGCUCUUCGACGCGAGUCGCGGCGGUUUCGUGGUGCUGGAGGGAAAUCUCGGCGCCGGCAUCUGCUGGCGAAACGCGGUCGCCUGUCCGAAGCUGUUAGCCACGGCGGACACGUUCUUUCGGGCCUUCUACCGGGAGCGGGUGGUGCCGAGAUUGAGAAAGCACGUCGCGCUGUAUUUCGGGGUGUCGCCAGUGGAGAACGAUUUGCGAGCUUUUUUCUCGACCAUGGCCUUGAUUUUAACCGUCAACGCGAUCGUUCUCACCGUGCCAUUCACGGUCGUUUUCGCGUGUCGACGGCUAAUGAUCUGUGCGUGUCUGCCGAUAACAACAGAUCUCGAUGAAAGCGGUCUAGAUGCGGACAUCGAGAGCAAUAUCAACGAUAGGGAUGAAGUUCCUGAGGAAGACGGCGCAGCUUCGGUGAACAAUCAGAAAGGUAUCGUAUCCAUUGCGUACGUGCAGGGACGACCUUCCGCGCAGGACAGCGCUGCAGUCUGUUUUUGUUUCCCACGUAUAGCGGGAAUAUUUUGUCGCAAUUGCUUCUUGCUAACAUGUGGUUUCCUUCACCGAGUUUUCAAUUGUGGACCUAGUGUGCAGACAAUAAAGAUACCCUCCAUGUGGUCCGACUUUCAUUUCAAAAAAGUCGCCUCCCAAGAAGCAAACGACAUAGAACUUGGAGCCUACGUUCGCGAGUAGAUGAAACCGCUCUGAAAUUUUUAGACGUAAUAUUUAUAGUAGGGUAGUUACCGUGAUUGAACAACGAUACAGAAUACAAAGCUCAGAUAGAUACGCUUGUGGUCCUCAUAGAUUUUCUAAUCCAUGCUGAUGCACAUCUAACUGUAUUUUAGUUGACGAGGGAUGUCGAAAUUCACUGCUACUUAAGGUAAGAACAAUUCCAUAUCAUAGUGCACACGAGAACCUCCACUCAAAAGUUCACCUAGAACAUACGCAUUAAGACACAUGAACCCAGUUCCAUUUUCUCUGCGGCCUGUGCCGUUAGCUGGCCUGGUACAACAAACAGCAUGAAAGAAUAUAGGAAAAAAGCACCUGCU